AGUCCGGGUGUGUGCUGCGAGCCCACUCCGAGCACCAUGAGGGCUGCGAGCACGGAGAAGGCCUCCCGCAGACGGGGAGCCCCGUGGCUGCCAGGCCUGCUGCUGCGCCUGCUGCUGUGGGGCUGCGCGGGGGGGCGGGCCAGCUACCUGCGGAGGUCCUCCAGCUGCACCGCCAUCCCGCGCAGCAUGGCCCUGUGCUACGACAUCGGUUACUCGGAGAUGAGGAUCCCCAACCUGCUGGAGCACGAGACCAUGCCGGAGGUGAUCCAGCAGUCCUCCAGCUGGCUGCCCUUGCUGGCCAGGGAGUGCCAUCCCGACGCCAGGAUUUUCCUCUGCUCCCUCUUCGCGCCCAUCUGCCUGGACAGGCUCAUCUACCCCUGCCGCAGCCUGUGCGAGGCCGUCAAGAGGAGCUGUGCGCCCGUCAUGGCUUGUUACGGCUAUCCCUGGCCCGAAAUCCUCAACUGCAACAAGUUCCCUGCGGACCACGAGCUGUGCAUCGCUGCCGUCUCCACGGAUGAAAGUUCCUCCAGCAGGAGAACAGUGCCUCGAGCCAGCUGCAAGGACUGCGAACUGGAGGAGGCCAGCACCGCCAGGGAGAUCCUCGACAACCUCUGCGCCAACGAUUUCACAGUGAAAAUCCGAAUCCUCAGGAAGAACACGACCACAACCGUCUCCGACUUCGACCUGGACCCCUCCAGGGUGGAGGUGCUGAAGCACGGCCCGCUCCUCAGAACCGAAAUCCCAGGCAGGCUGCAGCAGUGGCUGGACAUAGACGCUACCUGCGCCCACAACAUCAUGAGAGGCACUCACGCGGGGGUCUUCGUCAUCAGCGGAGAAGUGCAGAGCGACAAAGUGGUGGUGAAUAAGGCCUACGCCUGGCAGAAGAAGAACAGGAACCUGCACCAGGCCGUGCGGAGAUGGAAACAUCACCGCUGCCCUGAACAGGCCGGCAGGAAGGUCUGAGACCUCAGUCCUAACGCUAAGAAACGGCUCCCCUCCCCACAGCUAGAAAACUCCUUCCCCUGGCAGUUGGUGUUUCGGAGAUGUACGUUCAGUAUUCUUAGGUGAAUCAAAGCAGUCAUAGUCAGCAGGUAGGGCCUCACUACAGACCCCCGACAUCACUAAAACCCUUUUCCCGAGACAGAGCUUAGGGAUGCAGACUUAACAUAUUCCUCUGGCAAGGUCCUGCAAACCCAGGACUUACAGCGGAUGGCUUUGUGCAGCACCACUGACCUGAGACCUGCAGGCGAGCACAGACCAGAAGAGACCUUUAAUAACACGGGCAUCUGUACAGGUGAAAGGAAACCGCCCAGCUGAGGAUUUCUGCUGAGGGUAACUGGGAAGGACUGUGCUGUAACUGAAGGCAUUCCGUUUGGGUCAGAACGUUCUGGUCAUUUGGAAAUACCGAAGAUACCCCCAGAGCCUCCAGGGAGGUGGAAAUGACAAUGAAUUCCCUGCGGAUCGCUCUCACCCAAACACAACACAGACUGCAGUCGCUCUCAGAGGUGAAUACAGCCACAGCUCUACACGAGCAGAAAGCAGAAAACAGCAAAUCUCCAAGUGAGAAAAUGAGUUGGAUUUCUACUGCCUAACAAAGCACUGUCCGUGGAAAGUUUUCUACACUGGAUUAAACUUGAGAACGGAAGAAAAAUGACAGAGAAAAUAAAAAAAACCCACACAGCCUUGGGGAUCAAUACGUUCUUCCCUGUGCCCAAAGCCUGCGGCCUCAGCUGCGGAGAGAACCGCCGGCUCUGAUGGAGACACAUUGCCUCCCUGCGCUCGUAAAGCACACCGACAGCCCAGCCAAGACCGUCUCUUCAGAUGCGAUGUGGGCUGAGCUCAGCACUCACGGCACUCGCACUGCAAUUCCGCCGCGCUCCGACAUUUGUGCAGCAAUUACUCCCUAUUUCCCUGAGGCUCAGAAGAAAAACACGGAGAGAUUCCCUGUUUUUAUUCCUCCCCGCUGCCUCGUAUCACAAACUGCCUCCCGACCCGCAGGGCCUGCUGCCAGGUGGUCCCCGCGACGGCAGCAUCCUCUGAACAGACUGCGUUUUGAAAACACAACAAGUAAAAGCUCUGAUGGUUGAAAAAG